AGCCAUUUUCACCUUCCCAUCAUAUCAGGCUCCUCAUCUUGCUGUCUUUUUUCCCGCUGCUGCUGCCAAGGGCCUGCAAACCCGACCCCGAUUAGUUCCUUUUGGGAGUUUCUUCCCUUUCUUUCUUCUUACGAUUGCACUCGCCCGUACUAACGACAGGAUACAACCAUGGACGAGGUCAAGACAGAGGAACCGGUCCAGGAGACUCGCCCUGCCGAGGAAGAGGGCAAUGAAGAGGAGGAGAUCUCUGCAAUGAAGCGUCGGGUUGCAGAGAUGGAAGAGGAGGCCGCCAAGCUCCGCGAGAUGCAGGCCAGCCUGGACAACCAGGCCGAGAACGCUCAGGAGAGCAAGACCGACGUCGACAGCCGCAGCAUCUUUGUUGGCAAUGUCGACUACUCCGCCUCUCCCGAGGAGAUUCAGGCGCACUUCCAGAGCUGCGGGUCCAUCAACCGUGUCACGAUCCUGCUGGACAAGUUCACCGGCCAACCCAAGGGGUAUGCCUACGUCGAAUUCACCGAGCCAAGCCUGGUCGCCCAGGCCUUGGUCCUUAACGAGAGUGUCUUCAAGGGCCGCAACAUCAAGGUCGUACCGAAGCGAACCAACGUACCGGGCAUGAGUAGGGGUCGUGGCGGUCGAGGGGGUUUCCGAGGUGGCCGUGGAGGCCCAGGAUUCUAUGGCGGUCGAGGAGGGUUUGUCCCACGAGGUGGCUAUCGCGGUGGUUAUCGUGGAGGCUUCCGUGGUGCACCCCGAGGUUUUGCACCCUACUAAAUGACUCUCCAACCUUGUAGUAAGGUUAUCAAAAUCAUGGCACACUUGAGGUGGCACGAGGAUUCGUUAGGCGUGUGAUGGAGUCACCGGCUCGCACGGCUUCGCCUACUAGAAGCGAUGGUGACAGUUGCUUUCACCUAUGGCGUAUUGGUUUAAAGGGGGGGAAAGGACAGGUUUCUCCCAUCGAAUUAUUCUAAUUGACAAAUGGGACCCAAGAUACUCAAGAAUAGCAAUACAGGGGAAACCCUUUGGGCAUCGCAAUUGCAACAGAUGCCACAGGAUGCCAGCUGUGAUCGAGGUUGUGCAGGGGUUUCACACUCUGACUAGGAUCUGCAGAAGUUGUCUCCUUGUGAAGGCGGUUCGAAAUGCUGGUCAAGACCGACCCUGCCUCUUCUGACAUUCCUCGGUGUUCUAUGUAAGGUUUCCCAGACCGGUGCACAAGAGGCGGCGGUAAUUCUCCAAGGAAUUCAGUCAGACAGCGGUGGAGGGAGGCUACUCCGAGUCGAUGGCCCCGCGGCAGUCCGGAUCUAUAGGCACAUAUCAACGUCAUAGGCAGCUCCGCCAAUGCGGCCCAGUACAGCUUGAUGUGGACGACACACCGGAUGCCCAAGAGAGUAAGCCUCAGUAACGAGGGCUGGCUCGGCAGGCGAGACGGGCGAGAGGGAGAGAAAUCAUGCAAGCGGACUCGGAGCUGUGAGGUUUGGAAUGGGUUAUCAGCAAGCCUCCAACGCGAGCACUGCCACGUCGAGGUUGCGCAGGCGUGCUGUUGGGUGAAGCAGCAAGGCGCAUGUAGAUCUCACAUGAUCUCUGGUGUGGUGGUGGGUGCUUCUUCUGUAUAUGGGUUAAGGAGCAGUGGCAGAGUCCAUAAGAUGCUGUCCUCGGAGCUCGCUGCUGGGGUGCAUGUUUGGCCGGAAUGUC